AAAACAUUUAUUGAGUAAGGGAAGCUAAAAUUUAGUACAAAACAAUCCAGUUUAGUUUCACUUUACGCGCAGUUGUAGUGAAAUUUUAAGCGUGUUAAAACAUCUCCGUCGUGGCUCAUUCGUACAGGAUUAGUACAUAGUUUAUGAGUUUAUAGUUUCAGUUUAAACGUGUACGUGGUCCUUGUCGUGCAAAAGUUAGCACAUAGUUCUUUUUCCCCACUUAAUUUAUCAAAGGAUAUUGGUUGUCCUAAUAUUUUUAAAGACAAAAAGGGGAGGUAGAACGUGGAGCUUGUGGGAGCCAAAACAUGCCAGUAAGGCGUUUCUGCGGUCACAGGUCUUUAGUGAAACGUUCUGAAACGCCCAAACUCUCGCAUGGUUUCUGGAAGAUGAACGUGUCUAAAAGUGGAUACCGUGUGUUCUCCGCCAACUCCAGCACCGCGUGCACCGAGCUGGCCAAAAAGAUAACUGAACGCUUGGGUGUAGAGUUGGGCAAGUCAGCAGUAUACCAAGAAGGCAAUGCAGAGACCAGAGUGGAUGUUAAGGAGUCUGUGCGCGGACAAGAUAUCUUCAUCAUUCAGACUAUUCCGAGGGAUGUCAACACUGCCAUCAUGGAACUGCUUAUUAUGGCGUAUGCACUAAAAACGUCCUGUGCCAAGAACAUCAUUGGGGUCAUCCCUUACUUUCCUUACAGCAAACAGUGCAAAAUGAGGAAAAGGGGCUCAAUUGUCUGCAAACUACUGGCAUCCAUGCUGGCUAGAGCUGGGCUUACUCACAUCAUCACCAUGGACCUCCAUCAAAAGGAAAUCCAGGGCUUCUUCAGUUUCCCUGUUGAUAACUUGAGAGCUUCCCCUUUCCUUAUCCAGUACAUUCAAGAAGAGAUUCCGGACUACAGGAAUGCUGUCAUUGUUGCAAAGUCCCCAUCAGCUGCCAAGAGGGCGCAGUCCUACGCAGAGAGACUGCGUCUCGGUUUGGCUGUCCUGCACGGCACCGCUCCCGGUAUUGAGUGCAACGUGGGCGAUGGGUUGUACUCUCCUCCGCCGGCUCGCACCACCAUGGGACACACUGGCUUGGAGCUGCCUUUAAUGAUGGCCAAGGAGAAGCCACCGAUCACUGUUGUUGGAGAUGUGGGAGGAAGAAUCGCAAUCAUUAUUGAUGACAUCAUCGACGACGUGGAGGAGUUUAUCGCCGCUGCAGAGAUCCUGAAGGAGCGAGGCGCCUACAAGAUAUUCAUCAUGGCAACGCACGGACUGCUGUCUGCUGAUGCGCCAAGACUCAUUGAAGAGUCUGCCAUAGAUGAGGUGGUGGUGACCAACACAGUGCCCCACGAGGUGCAGAAGCUGCAAUGUCCAAAGAUUAAAACUGUAGACGUGAGCAUGAUCUUGGCUGAGGCUAUUCGCCGCAUCCACAACGGUGAGUCCAUGGCCUACCUGUUCCGGAACAUCACCGUGGACGACUGAGGCAACGCACAACAAAUAUUGUUCCAGUUCCAAGCAAUAUUUGAACAAAUGUUUUCUCAUAUACCGACAUGUACAGUAUCACAUGCACCCUCUUACCAAAUAAAAAAACGUUCUUUUUGGGUAACAUAGAGUACAAUCUUUUGGUC